GAGCCGCCGGAGCAGCGUAGGACUGGAGCAUGAGGCGCUUGCUCUGCCAGCAAGGCAUCCCUUUCCUUUAUUGUCAUCCCUCUCCUUUACUGUAUCCUCCUGGCAUCUCUGAAGGGAUUGCAGGAUCUUAAGGGACAGAGUUUGGGGCCCGGUUUACCCGAGGGGCUGAAGGAGCCCUGCGUGUGCCUUCUGGAAGGUGCUGCGGGGUGCUUGCAAAUAAUGAAGUCGUAAAAGCGGAUUUGCAGAACAAACCAUGUUAUUAUUCUUGCCUCUGCUUUUGUGGUGUCUCUUAAAUCUUCUUGAGAACGUCUUAAAAUUAAAUAUACCAUGCUUAUAAAAAUCCAAGGUAAACUUAUAGUCUGUUCCAAUCUAGCAGGCUGUAAAUAUUCAGCAAAAAAUUUAAGUUAUGCCAAGUUCUCUCAGAGACAAUGGGAUUUAGACACAGUCUUGAGUAUUUUAGCAAACCAGGAUAGCUGUAAAUAUAGGCUCUUUUUUUGUCUCUAUAUUCUUUUUUUGGAAGUGACACAGACAUAUUUUACCUGAGGAGACCUAGGAAGAAUAUAUUCCAUUUGUCUGUUUAGCUUUAUGUGUUUAAUGUAGAUACCAUAAAUCUGAAAACUAUGUAACCAGAACUUCUAACCUGAGGGUAUAUAGUUUGUAAAGUGCCCUUCAGUACCGAAGCACCAAAAGAACUUCGCAUGACAUUUCAUGCUUGCUGAGAACAUUUUAGGACAGAAAGUGAAGCAGUGCCAAAUUUUUAGCCAGGAGGCAUGGCUCAGGUGGAGCAGUUUGAACAGCGGCCCACUGAUUGCGUGGGGACACAGGCUGGCGAAGUUUAGGGAUGGAGCAAGUGUUAAAACGCAGCGCAGCUGGCCGGAUAGGAGAGCACAGGCAGGCAGUUCUGCGGGUAAAGCGUUUGGUGCUUGGUGGCCUGUCUUGGUGCAGAAAACAUCUCUUUGCCCUCUCCGGAACUGGAAACGCACUUUUGGUCCUGCUAUAGUUCGUUUUGGAAGUGGCUAACUGCUCAGAUUGCAAGAAUAACAAGAGUGCUGAGAGCCCAAUUUGUAGGAGCCAUGGAAGAGUCUUCCCAAUCCAGUAAAGCCGCGGAGAUCAACACUCACUUUACUAUUGGCUCUGUGUCAGAGGAUAACUCGGAAGAUGAGACGAGCUCCUUGGUGAAACUUGAUCUGCUAGAGGAGAAAGAGAGGUCUUUGUCGCCUGUAUCUGUCUGCUCGGAUUCCCUUUCAGAUCUUGGACUUUCUAAUGCUCAAGAUGGCCUGGCAAGCCAUAUGAGGCCCAGUAUGUCUGGUUUACACCUUGUAAAGCAAGGCCGGGACAGGAAGAAAGUUGACGUGCAGCGGGAUUUCACUGUGGCUUCUCCAGCAGAAUUUGUUACUCGUUUUGGAGGGAAUAAAGUUAUUGAAAAGGUCCUGAUAGCAAAUAAUGGCAUUGCAGCAGUGAAGUGCAUGAGAUCCAUCCGACGCUGGUCCUAUGAGAUGUUUCGGAAUGAGCGGGCAAUCAGAUUUGUUGUGAUGGUGACUCCUGAGGAUCUGAAAGCAAAUGCAGAGUAUAUUAAAAUGGCAGAUCACUACGUCCCGGUUCCAGGAGGACCGAACAACAACAACUACGCAAAUGUGGAGCUGAUUCUUGAUAUUGCUAAGCGAAUUCCAGUGCAGGCGGUAUGGGCUGGCUGGGGCCAUGCAUCUGAGAACCCUAAACUACCAGAACUUCUCCACAAAAAUGGGAUUGCUUUCAUGGGUCCUCCAAGCCAAGCGAUGUGGGCCUUGGGAGAUAAGAUUGCUUCUUCAAUAGUGGCUCAGACUGCCGGGAUUCCAACUCUUCCUUGGAGUGGCAGUGGUCUUCGAGUGGACUGGCAGGAGAAUGAUCUUCAGAAGCGUAUCUUGAAUGUUCCUCAGGAACUGUAUGAAAAAGGCUAUGUGAAAGACGCAGAUGAUGGACUGCGGGCUGCUGAGGAGGUUGGCUACCCUGUCAUGAUCAAGGCAUCUGAAGGAGGAGGAGGAAAAGGAAUCAGGAAAGUUAACAAUGCAGAUGACUUCCCCAACCUAUUUAGACAGGUUCAAGCAGAAGUCCCAGGCUCUCCAAUCUUUGUAAUGAGACUAGCCAAACAGUCCCGGCACUUGGAGGUGCAGAUCCUGGCAGAUCAGUAUGGCAAUGCCAUCUCUCUCUUUGGCCGGGAUUGCUCCGUGCAGCGCAGGCACCAGAAGAUCAUUGAGGAAGCACCCGCUUCUAUUGCAACUUCGGUGGUGUUUGAGCACAUGGAACAGUGUGCGGUGAAGCUUGCCAAAAUGGUGGGAUACGUGAGCGCAGGCACUGUGGAAUACCUGUACAGCCAGGACGGCAGUUUCUACUUUCUGGAGCUGAAUCCCCGCCUGCAAGUGGAGCACCCCUGCACAGAGAUGGUGGCCGACGUCAAUCUGCCGGCAGCGCAGCUCCAGAUUGCCAUGGGGAUUCCCCUCCACAGGAUCAAGGAUAUCCGAGUGAUGUAUGGUGUUUCUCCAUGGGGAGAUGGAUCUAUUGAUUUUGAGAAUUCAGCCCAUGUCCCCUGUCCACGUGGCCAUGUCAUUGCUGCACGCAUCACCAGUGAGAAUCCUGAUGAGGGAUUUAAGCCCAGUUCUGGUACAGUUCAGGAACUGAAUUUCCGCAGCAAUAAGAAUGUCUGGGGCUAUUUCAGUGUUGCUGCUGCAGGAGGGCUUCAUGAAUUUGCCGACUCUCAGUUUGGUCACUGCUUCUCUUGGGGAGAAAAUCGUGAAGAAGCCAUCUCAAACAUGGUGGUGGCUUUGAAGGAGCUGUCCAUCCGAGGGGAUUUCCGAACCACUGUUGAGUACUUGAUUAAACUGUUGGAAACAGAGAGCUUCCAGCAGAACCGCAUCGACACUGGCUGGUUGGAUCGGCUUAUUGCUGAGAAAGUGCAGGCUGAAAGGCCCGAUACCAUGCUGGGAGUGGUGUGUGGAGCUCUGCAUGUGGCUGAUGUGAGCUUCCGAAACAGCGUCUCAAACUUCCUGCACUCUCUAGAAAGGGGCCAAGUCCUGCCUGCUCAUACUCUGCUAAACACCGUGGAUGUGGAACUCAUCUAUGAAGGGCGGAAGUAUGUGCUGAAGGUGACCCGACAGUCUCCCAAUUCCUACGUGGUCAUCAUGAACAGCUCGUGUGUGGAAGUUGAUGUGCACCGACUGAGUGAUGGAGGAUUGCUCCUAUCUUACGACGGUAGCAGCUAUACUACCUACAUGAAAGAGGAAGUGGACAGGUAUCGCAUUACUAUAGGUAACAAGACCUGUGUGUUUGAAAAGGAAAACGAUCCCUCCAUUCUGCGCUCCCCUUCGGCUGGGAAGCUCAUCCAGUAUGUGGUGGAGGACGGGGGACACGUGUUUGCAGGCCAGUGCUUUGCAGAAAUAGAGGUAAUGAAAAUGGUGAUGACGCUAACAGCAGGAGAAUCAGGCUGCAUCCAUUACGUCAAACGCCCAGGGGCAGUCUUGGAUCCAGGCUGUGUGAUUGCCAAGCUCCAGCUGGAUGAUCCCAGCAGGGUUCAGCAGGCUGAACUGCACACGGGUGCCUUGCCGCAGAUCCAGAGCACAGCACUUCGAGGCGAGAAACUCCAUCGCAUCUUCCAUUAUGUCCUGGAUAACCUGGUCAACGUGAUGAACGGAUACUGCCUGCCAGAGCCCUACUUCAGCAGCAAGGUGAAAGGCUGGGUUGAGCGACUAAUGAAGACACUGAGAGAUCCAUCUUUGCCUCUGCUGGAACUUCAGGACAUCAUGACCAGUGUUUCUGGACGCGUCCCACCCAAUGUAGAGAAGUCCAUCAAGAAGGAGAUGGCCCAAUAUGCCAGCAAUAUCACAUCAGUCCUUUGCCAGUUUCCCAGCCAACAGAUUGCCAAUAUCUUGGAUAGCCAUGCAGCCACUCUGAACCGCAAAUCGGAGCGUGAGGUCUUUUUCAUGAACACUCAGAGCAUUGUGCAGCUUGUACAGAGGUACCGAAGUGGUAUUCGGGGUCACAUGAAAGCAGUGGUGAUGGAUCUGCUCCGUCAGUAUCUGAAGGUGGAGACUCAGUUUCAGCAUGGUCACUAUGACAAGUGUGUCUUUACCCUUCGGGAAGAGAAUAAAAGUGAUAUGAAUGCUGUAUUGAACUACAUCUUCUCACAUGCUCAGGUCACCAAGAAGAACCUGCUUGUUACAAUGCUCAUUGACCAGCUCUGUGGCCGUGACCCCACCUUGACAGAUGAGCUGAUUAAUAUUCUGACAGAGCUGACCCAGCUCAGCAAGACAACCAACGCUAAAGUGGCCCUGCGAGCACGGCAGGUUCUCAUUGCUUCACACUUGCCAUCCUAUGAGCUGCGUCACAACCAGGUGGAGUCCAUCUUCCUGUCCGCUAUUGACAUGUAUGGACACCAGUUCUGCAUUGAGAACCUGCAGAAACUAAUUUUGUCCGAGACAUCCAUCUUUGAUGUGCUACCCAACUUUUUCUACCACAGUAACCAGGUGGUAAGAAUGGCAGCUUUGGAGGUGUAUGUUCGAAGGGCAUAUAUUGCCUAUGAGUUAAACAGUGUCCAGCAUCGCCAGCUGAAGGAUAAUACUUGUGUGGUGGAGUUCCAGUUCAUGCUACCUACCUCCCAUCCGAACAGAGGGAACAUCCCCACGCUAAACAGAAUGUCCUUCUCUUCCAACCUCAAUCACUACGGGAUGGUCCACGUAGCUAGCGUGAGUGAUGUGCUGCUAGACAAUUCAUUCACUCCACCGUGCCAGCGGAUGGGUGGAAUGGUCUCCUUCCGCACAUUUGAAGAUUUUGUCAGAAUCUUUGAUGAAGUGAUGGGUUGCUUCUGCGACUCUCCUCCUCAGAGCCCAACCUUCCCCGAAGCUGGCCACGCUUCCUUGUAUGAUGAAGAUAAGACUGCUCGCGAGGAGCCCAUUCACAUCCUUAAUGUUGCUAUUAAAACAGACAGCGACGUUGAUGAUGAUGGGCUGGCAGCCAUGUUCAGAGAGUUCACGCAGAGCAAGAAAUCAGUCCUGAUUGAACAUGGGAUUCGGAGGCUGACUUUCCUUGUAGCACAAAAGGACUUCAGGAAACAGGUCAACUAUGAGGUGGAUCAGAGAUUUCAUAGGGAAUUUCCAAAGUUCUUUACGUUCCGUGCCCGGGAUAAGUUCGAGGAAGACAGGAUUUACCGUCAUCUGGAGCCAGCUCUGGCUUUUCAGCUAGAGUUGAACCGAAUGCGAAACUUUGAUCUCACUGCCAUUCCGUGUGCCAAUCACAAAAUGCAUCUCUACCUGGGAGCAGCUAAAGUUGAAGUGGGAACAGAAGUGACAGACUACAGGUUCUUCGUGCGGGCCAUUAUAAGGCAUUCCGAUCUAGUUACCAAGGAAGCGUCCUUUGAGUAUCUGCAAAAUGAGGGAGAGCGAUUGCUUUUGGAAGCCAUGGAUGAGUUGGAGGUGGCAUUUAAUAACACUAAUGUUCGCACUGACUGCAAUCACAUCUUCUUAAAUUUUGUGCCUACGGUCAUCAUGGACCCGUCGAAGAUCGAAGAAUCCGUGCGGAGCAUGGUGAUGCGCUAUGGGAGUCGCCUGUGGAAACUCCGCGUCCUCCAAGCCGAGCUGAAGAUCAACAUUCGUUUGACACCGACUGGGAAGGCAAUUCCCAUUCGUCUCUUCUUGACCAACGAGUCGGGCUACUAUUUGGACAUCAGCCUGUACAAAGAAGUGACAGACUCCAGAACAGGGCAGAUUAUGUUCCAGGCAUACGGGGAUAAACAGGGACCACUCCAUGGGAUGCUGAUCAAUACCCCGUACGUGACCAAAGACCUGCUUCAGUCCAAGAGGUUCCAGGCACAGUCUUUAGGGACAUCGUAUGUCUAUGACAUUCCCGAGAUGUUUCGGCAGUCUUUGAUUAAACUCUGGGAUUCCAUGAAUGAACAUGCAUUCCUGCCAACACCACCGCUGCCUUCUGACAUACUAACGUACACUGAAUUGGUGUUGGAUGAUCAGGGCCAGCUCGUGCACAUGAACAGGCUGCCGGGAGGAAAUGAGAUUGGGAUGGUGGCCUGGAAGAUGACUCUGAAGACCCCCGAGUAUCCAGAAGGCCGUGAUAUCAUUGUCAUUGGCAAUGACAUUACGUACCGAAUAGGUUCUUUCGGGCCUCAGGAGGACGUGCUGUUCCUGAGGGCUUCAGAGCUUGCUCGAACACAUGGUAUCCCCCGUAUCUAUGUGGCUGCCAACAGUGGAGCCAGGAUUGGUUUGGCCGAGGAGAUUCGGCACAUGUUCCACGUAGCUUGGGAAGACCCAGAUGACCCGUACAAGGGAUACAAGUACUUGUACCUGACUCCUCAAGACUACAAGAAAGUCAGCGCCCUGAACUCAGUUCACUGUGAACACGUGGAGGACAAUGGAGAGUCCAGGUAUAAGAUAACAGAUAUUAUUGGAAAGGAAGACGGACUUGGAAUAGAGAACCUCAGAGGAUCUGGCAUGAUUGCUGGAGAAUCAUCUUUAGCCUAUGAGAGUAUUAUCACCAUCAACUUGGUUACAUGUCGGGCAAUUGGAAUUGGGGCUUACCUUGUUCGGCUAGGUCAGAGGACUAUCCAGGUUGAGAACUCUCAUAUAAUCCUGACUGGCUGUGGAGCUCUCAACAAAGUGCUUGGACGGGAAGUUUAUACCUCCAACAACCAGCUGGGCGGGAUCCAGAUAAUGCACAACAACGGAGUGACGCAUGGCACUGUGUGUGAUGAUUUUGAAGGAGUCUACACUAUUCUGCAGUGGCUUUCCUACAUGCCAAAGAGCGUGUACAGCCCUGUUCCUAUCCUGAAAGUGAAGGAUCCCAUAGACAGAACCAUCGAGUUUGCUCCUACCAAGACUCCCUACGAUCCUCGCUGGAUGCUGGCCGGACGCCCAAAUCCAAGCCAAAAAGGACAGUGGCUGAGUGGUUUCUUUGACAAUGGCUCGUUCCUGGAGAUCAUGCAGCCCUGGGCACAGACGGUUGUGGUUGGUAGAGCAAGGCUGGGAGGAAUACCUGUAGGAGUAGUUGCCGUAGAAACGAGGACGGUGGAGCUCAGCAUCCCUGCUGAUCCUGCAAACCUGGACUCAGAGGCCAAGAUAAUCCAGCAGGCUGGUCAGGUGUGGUUCCCUGACUCUGCCUUUAAGACUGCGCAGGCUAUCAAUGACUUCAACAGAGAAGGGCUGCCUCUGAUGGUCUUUGCUAACUGGAGAGGCUUCUCUGGUGGAAUGAAAGACAUGUAUGACCAAGUGCUCAAGUUUGGUGCCUACAUCGUGGACGGCCUGAGAGAGUAUCGUCAACCCGUACUCAUUUACAUCCCGCCGCAAGCGGAGCUCAGAGGAGGGUCCUGGGCCGUGAUUGAUCCUACCAUUAAUCCUCGUCACAUGGAGAUGUACGCAGACCGAGAGAGCAGAGGAGGAAUCCUGGAACCAGAGGGGACGGUAGAAAUCAAAUUCCGCAGGAAGGAUCUGGUGAAGACGAUGAGGCGAGUGGACCCCAUCUACAUCCACCUGGCAGAGCAGCUAGGUACCCCCGAGCUGAGUCCUGCUGACCGAAAAGAGCUGGAGACCAAGCUCAAGGAGCGGGAGGAAUUCCUGAUUCCCAUUUACCACCAGGUAGCCAUGCAGUUCGCUGACUUGCACGACACGCCCGGCCGGAUGCAGGAGAAGGGUGCCAUAACUGACAUUCUAGACUGGAAAACUUCCCGUACCUUCUUCUACUGGAGAUUAAGGCGUCUUCUUCUAGAAGAUGUGGUCAAAAAGAAAAUCCACGAUGCCAAUCCUGAGCUGACUGAUGGGCAGAUCCAGGCUAUGCUGAGACGCUGGUUUGUGGAAGUUGAAGGGACAGUGAAGGCAUACUUAUGGGACAGUAACAAGGACCUGGUGGAGUGGCUGGAAAAACAGCUAACGGAAGAGGAAGGCGUUCGCUCGGUUGUGGAUGAAAACAUCAAAUACAUCUCGCGGGACUACAUCCUCAAACAGAUACGGAGCCUGGUCCAGGCCAAUCCGGAGGUUGCCAUGGAUUCGAUAGUGCACAUGACCCAGCAUAUAUCACCCACCCAGCGAGCCGAGAUCGUGCGGAUCCUCUCCACAAUGGACUCGCCUUCUUCAACGUAAGAGCAUCGAUUUCCCACACUCCCCCCUGCCCGGUACAGUGGAGGAAAAAAAAAAAAAAAAAAAGCUCAGAAUUGCCCUUUGUCUGCUCGACUGCGACCACUGUACCGAGACGGGGAGGCUCAGGGAAAUGCUGGAAGAGUGACAUUUUUAUUUUUUCAAAUCAGACUGACCAGAGGAAGUGUGUUCUUUGGCCAGAGACACGAGGAAAACGUAUAACACAAGCGCCUGCGGAAUUGAGUUACAGCUGUCUAACUGUACCUUAUUUAUUUAACAAAGCGUGACUGGACCAAUGCAUCAGUUCGCUGUUCGGCUGCCACCCGAAAGCGCUACAGCCAGGCAAUGAAGGGUGCUCCGGUACCGUGAGGUCUUGGCAUAGCAAAGCAGGGGCUCGUCUAAAUUACACCCCCGUGCCCCUGCCUGCUUCUCUUCACGCCCCGCCUGGCAGCGGCAGCUCUCUGCUGACAAGUGCCAAUGUCCCCCCCCCGCGAGAGCGUCGCUGCGGCCGAGGACGGGUGGGCUCUGUCCCCCAGGCGCGGGUGGGAGCCCAGCAUCCUCCCGCCUGGCGCCCCGUGGGUGAGUGGAGCCCACCACCGAUCAGCCCCCGUCUCGGCCAGCCAGCGGUGUUUCUGUUUCAAACGUCUGUCUUGUUACUUCGUGGUAGAGGAAAACCGGCGUUGUUUGUCCCCGUGCCCCAGGCAGGCUGCGGGGAAGGCUCCGGGGGUUCCCAGGACUGGGAGGGUGGCGGGGCAGGAUUUUGGAGGCCGAAUCCCCGCUCGCUUUGCCUUUGUGCCCAGUUCCUUUAGAACAGGUCACUAGACUGUGAGAAAGGCCCUUCUGGAGGGAGGUAAGAGAGGAGACCAAACCACAGCUGUUGAGCCAUUUCUGCUUUUCCUUCCCUGCUUGUUUUGGGGGAUAAGGGAUGCGGGCAGCCCCACUGCUGCACGUACAUCAUGUAAGUGCUAAUCCCUUUCGGGUGAGUAGGUAACUGAAGCAGAAAGAUACAGCCUGCCAGGGUGAGGGAGGGGAAAGGACGGCGUCAAAUACCCCAGAAAGGUAUUUUUGGUAAUCCCCUUCCUCAGCCCCGGCUGGCUUUUUCACCCGUUCCAGCGCUCGCGCUUUGCGGCCGGUCAGGAAUCCUUGUCUCCAGCGGACGCUCGGCAGGUAUGCGCAGCCGGCGCCGAGCCAGGCUGCCCGGGUCGGAGCUGCGGCAGCAGCGUUGAUCAGCGCCGGCUGACCCCAGCCCAGGUCCGUGGCUUAUUUCUACCCUUUCUAUUUUCGUGGGUCUCCUGACCGUAAUAAAAGAUCAGAGAAGCUGGAACUCUGGAGGGAAGCGCAGUUGACUCCUAAUACCCAGAUACUGUUACGGAACUUGGUCUAAGUAGUGCUGGAGAGCUUACCCCAAUGAUUGUCUUAAAAGUAUUUCAGAUUUUACAAUUCCCCUUUUAGUACAGUGUGAAUCAGAAGGGAAGUUUUUAUGAGAGAAUUAAUUAACGAUGAUGCCAGUGCCUCACACCUGUACUGUUCCUUCUGGAGUGCAAUGCAGCCCUUCUGUGCGUGUAAAAUCGAGGUGCGGCACUGGGGUCACUGCUCUCCUCCCCAGGGGGACGAGCAGCUUCGGUGCAGCCCUGCUGCUCAUCUGAAGGACUAGCUUUUUCUUAAUAGUUAAGAACCCUAAUUUCAUGUAAAAGACUUUUUUUCCCCCCACUAGAGCUCCCUGAACAACCCCCAAAGAUGCUUUUACUUAUGCCAAUGCGGGCUGCAGCAGGACACGCAGGACAGACAGAAUGUCUCAGCCAGGCAGGACCGCUCGGGGGGGCAUCACGGUGCGGGCGACUCAUUGGGCUCCUCCGCCGUCACCAGGAUUUCCUACCGGUGGUGUCACAAGUCAGUCCCUUGUCCAGGCCGUCUGCGGGUGUUGCGGGAAGUGUCCCGGUGCCCACUGCUCCCUUCCUUCUGCUUGGGGAGGGGGGAGCUGUCGCUGCCAAAGUCUCUUACCUGCUGGGCAAGAGCAGCCCCCUCUGGUUCAGUGUUACAGGCACGGGGUCAGCCCCGCGUCAUUUGGGGGUAAAGGAGCCCCAUACACCAUCGCUUACAUCGGAGCCGGUCUGAAGUCCAAACCCGGGGAGCCCUGCGGAGGUCUGGGCCUGCAGCAGCACCGUGGCAGUGUCACUGGCCGCCGUCCCGGCCGUUCUCCCCCAGCCCCGGUGCCGCAGGCGUGCGGGUCGGUUGCCCGGUGGGACAGGGGCGGCGGAGAAACCACCCUCAGUACGUACGGUUCUCGCUGGUGCUGAAGUAUUUCACUUACCUCAAUUUCUUUUAAUAAAAAGAAUGAAUUACAUCUCU